AUGUUGGCCACCAGUAUUCCGAUGGUCACGUCGAGCUGGAACAGGAUGUUAAGGGCUCCCCGGGUCUUCACCGGCGCGAUCUCCGACAAGAACAGAGGAACCGCCUGCAAAAGAAGUAGAAUGAAAUAAGAUUUGUGAUAAUAUGACCUGGCAGAGGAUCGAUCGACGAGAUGGACCUGGUUGGCGAAGCCUACUCCUAUGCCGAGGAGUAUCCUUCCGAUGAUGAGCAUCUCGAUGUUCACGGCGAAGGCGUUGAGGAGGACGCCGACCAGGAAGAAGAGGGAGGCCGCCUGCAUGGUGGGCUUCCGCCCCAGUUUGGUGCACAUCCUCGAGGCGAAGAAGCUGGAGACGAGGGCGGCCAGGUAGAGGGACGAGGUGAAGAGCUGCAGGGUGUGGUUGUCAUACUUGCAGUAGUUGUCCUCCUUCGCUCGGUGUUUCCUCACGUACACUUCUGGGAAGAACUUCUCCAGGAAGUCGUCCAUGGACGUUACACCACCUGUCGUCCACCAAUAUCAUCAUCAUUUACACACUCUAUUUGGAGGGAGAGAGAGAGAGAGAGAGCAAAUGGAAAUAAGGCAUUAUUCUUUAUCUUCAUGCCGAUAAACUGGUAUCCAUAUAUAUGAACAUCAAAACCAUUCCGAUGAAGCUGUGGCUGAAUAUAUCUAUCUCAUUGGAUUAGAUUAUUAAUUAAAAACCAGAAAAAUAUUGCCGGGAGAUGUCUAAAUGUAGCAAGUUCUGCCGAGAUCCAUGCAAACCAGAAGGAGACGACGCAGAGUGUUGCCGGAUCUGGAGGCGGCACCACCGUUUCGAUGGCCAUUACCUGAGAUCCCUAUGUCAUAGCCGAACAUUAGCCCCCCCGACGCCGCCACUAUGCCGCAGAUGAUCACGUAGAAGGUGAUCUUCGCCUCAAACUCCACCGCCGCCCCGGCGGCGCUGGACAUUGCGACCGCCGGCAUGCUUCCCUCCCUCGGAUCCCCCUCCCCAAGAAGAACCACCAGCGGGGGAGGAACGAGGAAGAGGAAGCCGAAGAAGCGAGAGAGAGAGAGAGAGAGAGAGGAGAGGAGAGGGCAGGAAGCUGAAGGGAGAAGACGAGGGCCCAAGGGAGUGAUCUCGCAGGGGAGGGGAUGGCUAUAAGUAGACGCGAGACGGAUCGACUCGAGAUGCACCCUGCCAAAUUUGCAGUCGUUAAUGGCUCCGAUAUUUUGGGAAACAAGAUGAGGAAGGAGGAUUCUUCCGCAGCCUCGCGGGGGAGUUUGAGAGAGAAACGGAUAAGCGCAGUAAUAUCGCAGUGAGAGACGGAGAGGGGAAACCGUCAUCUCCGAGAAGAAGUUUAUCCUGACCCUAACGGAUCAUACGGCGACCUCCGGUCAGCUGCUCUCCUCACGGCGGAGCCCUGCGAUCGGAGGGGGAGCUACGCCGCUCCGCACCUUGCGGAACAGAAGCAGGUUGCAAGCUUGCCGUUGAGUCAGCGCGAUCACCACGGGGGCGGCGGCAGUAUGGCGAUCUCUCUCCCCUUAUCCGUUCUUCCAGGCCUGGGCCAAACCCAGUCAAAGGACCGAGAAUUUUAUGCCGCCGGGUUCGGAGAGGAAGAACUGCGGCCACACGUCGACGCCAUCGCGGUACAUGGAUCUUCUCCGAGACAAUGGCCAUCCGACGUUCCCCGCGACUGCAUCAUCUUCAAAAAGGCCGCGGAUUUCGCGGAGAUCAUUCGAUGAUCAGAAUCUUUUACUCCCGCAUGCCCGGGACUCGAUCUAAUUUUAGUAUAAUGUUACCCAUUCGGAUGAUCCUGGAUUUCCUCGUCGGAUGGCGCUCACCUUCUGCUCUAGAGCUCCCAAGAACCCUAAUCGUCCGCAGUCAGGACGAAGGAUAGUCCUUUUCCUAUUUGUGAAACUGUUUUUGCUUCCGCUGGAGGCCUCUGAUUCUCUCUCGAUUUUCGUUUGCUCUGUUUGGAAUUAUUUAUUUGACGAAAUAUAGAUAAUUUAAUUGAAUUAAAAUACUCACUACAUUAAGCAAUCGAAUACACGAUCAAAUUAUCAGUGAGAGAGAGAGAGAGAGAGGGAGGAAUUAAAAAUAAAAUUUUCUAUUAAUUACUCGAUUUCAGCAUGAAUGUGGAGUAAGGGUAUAUUUCGCAGCCAGCACACAGGCUGACGUCAUUGUGACGUGAAUUUAAUGCAGGACACAAGAAUGUAUCCAAUAUUUGAUAUGCCCCCCAUUUCGUACUCCAUGGUCGUAUAUAUAAUAUAUAAUAUCAUAUUGGUAAAACAAUAUUACUUUUAGGAGAGUUAUUGCGAAAAUAA